AUGGCUCAGCCUACUCGGUUCGCUGCUAUAAUUCCCAUAUGUGGCGGCGGUGAUCGUCAACGUGUUUCAGUUUUGAAAAAUUUACCCAUAUGGAAUUUUCAUGGAAAAUUGGACGAUGUUAUACCAGUUGAAGAAUCGUUAUCAUUAAUUAAAACAUUAAAUAGUCCACUUUGUAAAUCAACAGUUUAUCCAAAUCUGAAACAUGAUUCAUGGACGGAUACAUACAAUAAUCCAGAGAUUUACAGAUGGUUAAUUGAACAAACUAGGAAUGCAUAA